AUGGACGCCCACGCCGAGAAGCAACAGCUUGCCAUGGCCUAUGCCCAGAUGUAUCCUACCUGCACUGAGACGGGCGGACUGAUGCCUAUUCGCAUGUCGAGCACACACCUCAAAGUUCCUCUCCUUGUCUCGAUUCCGCCGCCUUCAGCCCCUCGCGUCAGUCGCCGAGAGUACCUCUUCGACGAGGAAUCGCAGGAGCUGCUAUUGGCUGAAUACAAGCCCUUUACGCAGUGGGCCGCUAUUUUCCUCGUCUUCAUUGGCCUCUUGGUCUGCGGUGGGGUUGUCUAUCUCGCCGUGCUUGCUUCGGUUGCUCCGCCUCCGCAAGGCCUGAGCGUGGCCUGA